AUGCAUUUCUGCAGCUUGCAUGCUUCGAGUUUUUUAGGUGCCUCUGGAAGUAUUGAUUGCUUGAUCCAGCUGUUCAGUUUGUUUAUAUGUCCUGUUGCUUUUCUACAGAUUAGCAUUCUUGCAGAUACCCUGUGCAACUUCAUCUAGGGUCUCCUAUUCUAAUAUCUGGAAUGAUUUCCUGUUCUAUAUGGUUCUUGUGGUGUUUUUUAAAUAUUUUUUGUAAAAUAUUCCCUAUUGGAACGUUUUUGAAUAAACUAGUGCUUCCAUCUCCAUGAUCUGGUACUGAAUAUUUUGCGUUUUUUCACUAAGUAUGUAUCAUCCUCUUUUACCCAGAAAAAUUGGCAGUGUUUUUUCUCUAAAAAUGGAUAAACAUUUUGGCAAAUUGGAAGCGUAGUAUUUUCCUUUAUUUUGAUAUUUUCCCCAUUAGAGGACUCUAAAUUUCCCCAACUAAGAUGGGGAACUGAACUGAUUGAUUAAGAAACCAUUUUGUGAGAACCCAGUAAAUAAAUAGCUGGACGGUUUCAAUCACAAUUUUUUAUUUGGAUUAAUAAUCAAGUAUCAUUGGUAUCUGUGAUUUGCAGUCCUGGAUGAAUCUAAAGGGACCGAAGUUUCAGUUAAUACUGAAAUAAAAAAAUCUGAAUCUGAUAGGCUUGUUGAUAGUAUGGAUUUCGGUGAGCUUUGCAAUGAUUUUGUGUGUGUCAGUAGCCCAUAUGUGGAGGCUACAGCAAGGCAGCUCGCACGAGACAUUUUAGAGCAACGAGAAGGAAACCGUGCCUUGGGAUCCUUCUCCGCCACAGUCAAAUAUAAGGUAAUAUACUGCUCAUUUGGUCCACCUCUUUCUAUUUUCUACCAUCUCCUGGUAUCUUCAGUGAUUAAGAAGAAUUACGGCGUCUAUGCCCUUUUUGUGCUUCUAGGAUCCGAUCAGAUCCUUCAUUGGUCGUGAAAAGUACAAAAGAUCAUCGUGGUCUAGUUAUGCUAUAGAAAAUCCUUCAGUGGUGAGAGUGUGUUUCAUUUUUCUCCUUUUCUUUGUACUUCUGCUAUUGAACUGAAAUUCCAUUAUGAUCAUUCUGUGCCUUCUAAAGGUUUGACGAAGCUUUUUAAUUGGAAAAGUUCAUCUGAUGUGCUUGUCUGUCUCAGACAGUACAAGAAAUGAUGAUGCAGUCGACAAGCGUACUGAGCAUCAAGUGGACGAUCAAAGGGAAGCCCAAGAACAUCGUGGUUUCCAGCAUCGGUGGGGACUUGGUACUUCUUGUGAACUCUCGAUUCACGUUAAAUCAGAUAAGUGGGCAAGUGAUUGAGCAUGAGGAGUCUUGGGAUCUAUCAUCGUCGUCGAUCAUUGGUCAGGCAUAUUUCUGGGCUUCUCGUACCCUUUACUCUGCAAUUCAGGCUGGAAAUGAUACCAUGGAUAGUGCUAAGAAAAUGACGAAACGUCUGUCACCUGAGAAAGAAAACACGGAGAUUUUCCCUGAUCCGCUUGGAGAUCCAACAAAGGCAAGUGUUCCUGGGUCUGAUCUCAUCAAAGUUCUAGAGUGAACUGCAUUGAAUGUCACAGUCGAAACAACUUAUUAUAUUAUAAGUUUGUUUCACUCGGAUUGGCCAAAAAAAUUGGCAAAUCCGAGGAGCAGGCGUUUCAAGAUAAUCACAUGCUGAAUGAACCCAUGAAAUCAUCUGGCUGAUUCUUAAUACUUACAAAGUUUUCUGUCUAUUGAUUGGCAAAAUUGUUGAACAAACUAGAUACGGGAGACAUUUAAUCUGCACGACAGCUAGAAUUUCUUCAUGUUUCCCUCUCAGAUUUGAUUCCUAGGUGAAUGGUAUUCCACAUUUAGGGUCGUCGCAUGAUAUAGUUUUAUUUUAUUUCCAUUAUGAAGAAUAAAAUGGCCUUCUACCAUUGCUGGAGCGAAAUUGCUUCCCAUUUUUUGUCUUGGAAAUUUUCUCUAUCUCAUCAAAAUCAUAUGCUGACGCGACCUGCUUUGUUCUUUGCCCUCAGUUCUUUCAGAGGGAUGAGGGGUUGCAGAGAGAUGUGUACCAGAUUGCACUUUUCCUGGCGGUCAUCUACUUUGUUGUGCAGUUCUUGAAGCUUACCCUCUGA